UAGAAAUCAAAUGCAUAACGUCGUGUGUGUUUGUUGUUAUUUUCGAAGAGGGAGUAAGUGGGAUAACGAUAAAGUGCGUGAGUGGAUUAAAAGGAAAGAUAUUAUGGAGUAAAAUGUAUGGGGUGGUAUGGGAAGUGGAACAUCUAAUACAUUGUGGCCAAGUUUUAGAACAGUGUCCUAAUAGUUGCAAUGUAUUUGUGCCACGCAUACGUAUGCGAGCCCAUCUCAAAGAAUGUCCACGCACCAAACGUAGAAGUGCCAGUUUGGAGAGAAUAGAUCAACAGGUCGAUCAGCGAGUACAAGUGGUGGAGAAUGAAAUAAACACUUUGAGAUCGGUGCUAAACGAAGAAAUACGCCAGCGUUUGCAUUUGAUCACAGAUGUGGGAAAUUUACGAAAACAAAAUCAAAUACAUGAUGAAUGGACUCAUGCUACUGAGGAGAAUAUUAAAUCUCUGCAGAAACGUUUGCAAGAGGAAAACUCUCAGCGUUGCUUUGAAGUCGAGCAGUGUCAGCAGGAUUUUCGUUAUUGUUAUGAUAUCACACAGGCCUUAAAAAGUGAAAUUCAAAAUGAGAUAGAUGAUCUGGAAAAGCACAUAAAUCAAAUGUCUUUAGAAGUGACACAACAUCAAAAUCUUUUAAAUGACAAUAUAAUGAAAUUGGAAGAGACAGUGGUGCAGAAUGAGAAAAAUAAUAGAGACAAAUUUAUAGAAAUUGAAAAAUUUCUACAAGAAAUCAAUGUGGACUUAAAUACAAAGUUAGCUUCUAAUGAUGGUGGUAGUGCUGCCAAAAAUGCUGCCCUCGAUUUGGAGGUAAAAAGUAUGAAACAUAUUGUUUGUGAAACUGAAGAACGUUGUGAUAAAUUGGAAAAGUUAUUGCUUAAGACCGAUCGUGAUUUACAUCAUACAAUGCAGUUGGUAUCCGAUUUAGAAAAUCAUAUUGCCACCCAACAACGUUUGACUAGUUAUAUUAAUUCUAGAGGUCACUUAAUAUGGCGGAUAAAAGAUUUCUCUAAAAAACUAGAAGAAGCUAAGCAGUAUGAUACCAUCCUACACAGUGCCAUGUUCUCCAAUAAACCGUUUGGUUACUCUCUAAGACUUGAUAUCUAUCUGAAUGGCAAGGGCACAUGGAAGGGACGUAAUAUGAUUGCCUGUUUAAAUGUUAUAGCUGGAGAAUAUGAUCCUUUACUUUCGUGGCCCUGUCGCCUGCAGGCUGAGGUAAUAAUACGUGAUCAAACGUAUCAUAAUCAAGCUGAAACCGAGGAUUAUAUUAAAAUUGUAAAUGUACGCAAGAAAAGUGAUGAUUAUAUACAAACUAAACAAUUUUUCCAUAUACCUCAUGGUGUAUUGUCUCAACGGAAUUAUGUUAAGAACGAUUGUAUGUUUGUGGAAGUGAAAAUUUUGAAAAACUAAAGAAAUUUUCAAUAAUUUUAUUAUAUAGUAAGAUAUUGACAUGUAGUUUCACGAUGGAGAGGGAAAAGUGAUUCUCGAAAGGGCUUUCUUUUCUUUCAGAAAUGAUAUUGAAUCAAUUUUCCUUUGACAUCGUGGGACUGUUAAUCAGUUUUUAAAGCAAUUUCCUAAGUACAGAUUAGGUUUAUUUAUAUUAUAAAAUACUUUUAAAUUUAUUAUUUUUCAAUAUUUUUACUUUAUUUAUAUAAAUGUUUAUUUUAGGAAUAAUAAUAGUAAU